GAGGGGCGGGAGCGCGCGCGGGCCCGCGCAGGCGGCGGCGGAACCGAGCGGACGGCUUGCGGCCGUGGCGCCGCCGACUCGUGUGGGACGCAGCGCUCCGGCCGGCCGGUCGCCGCUCCGCGCACUUCUCUUCCCGCCGGCAGCCGAGCUCGCCCCGCGCCGCCCGUGCCCUUGUGAGGCUGGCAUGCAGGAUGGCAGGACAGCCCAGCCACAUGCCCCACGGAGGGAGCCCGAACAACCUGUGCCACACCCUGGGGCCCGCGCACCCUCCUGACCCACAGAGGCUCCCAAACGUGCUGUCCUUUCGCUGCUCACUGGCAGACUUCCAGAUCGAGAAGAAGAUAGGCCGAGGGCAGUUCAGCGAGGUGUACAAGGCCACCUGCCUUCUGGACAGGAAGACGGUGGCUCUGAAGAAGGUGCAGAUAUUUGAGAUGAUGGAUGCCAAGGCCAGGCAGGACUGUGUCAAGGAGAUUGGCCUCCUGAAGCAACUGAACCAUCCCAACAUCAUCAAGUAUUUGGACUCCUUUAUCGAGGACAACGAGCUGAACAUCGUCCUGGAGCUGGCCGAUGCGGGGGACCUCUCGCAGAUGAUCAAGUACUUUAAGAAGCAGAAGCGGCUCAUCCCUGAGAGGACGGUGUGGAAGUACUUCGCACAGCUGUGCAGCGCCGUGGAGCACAUGCACUCCCGCCGGGUGAUGCACCGAGACAUCAAGCCUGCCAACGUGUUCAUCACAGCCACGGGCAUUGUGAAGCUCGGGGACCUCGGCCUGGGCCGCUUCUUCAGCUCCGAGACCACUGCAGCCCACUCCCUAGAGGGUAAGCACCCACCCUGUUGCUGUGUUUCAGUGGGGACGCCAUACUACAUGUCACCAGAGAGGAUCCACGAGAAUGGCUACAACUUCAAGUCUGACAUCUGGUCUCUGGGCUGUUUGCUGUACGAGAUGGCAGCUCUCCAGAGCCCCUUCUACGGAGAUAAAAUGAAUCUCUUCUCCCUCUGCCAGAAGAUCGAGCAGUGUGACUACCCCCCGCUCCCCGGGGAGCAUUACUCUGAGAAGUUACGAGAACUGGUCAGUAUGUGCAUCUACCCGGACCCCACCCAGAGACCUGACAUCGGAUAUGUGCACCAGGUUGCCAAACAGAUGCAUGUGUGGAUGUCAAGCACCUGAACAUGGUCACAGUGAGCCUGAUCAGAGCCAGCACCACUUUGCCUUACUUGAGACUUCUCUCCAAAGUGGCCACCUGGUAACCUAGACCAACUAAGAGGGUUCAGCAGGCUACCCAGAGGGGAACGCAGAUGCUGAAUGCAGAGCAGCUGGGGGGAGGGGCACUGGUCACAUGUUACUGGUGGUCAAAUUCGAAGGUCCUUUCUUUAAACUGUUGUGGACAAUCUCAGCUGGGUUGUUAACAAGGGUGAGAGGCUCAGCGAGCCACUGAUGCAUCCCUUGUAUCUGGCUUGUAAUGUGAAUCUUUAGGAUAAUUCCUUCAGUGACCUGUCAAGGUUUAUACUAACAGGAGAAUCACAGGAGACUGUGUGAUUUGUAGUGAGCCUUUGAAAAUGGUUAGUAGCAAGUUCAGUUUAGCUCUUAGAAUCUUUUCAAACAAUCAAGCUGUGUGCUUAAUUUACUCUGUUGUAAAGGGAUAAAGUGGAAAUAAUUUUUUUAAGUAGAGUGGAGAUUUUCCUAAUAUUUUUAUCUACAUUUAUAACUUGAUGAAUGACGAUGAGGAGAACCCAGCAUCUGGCAUAGAGCUUCAGAAGGCAACAGUAUUUGAAAACCACGAGUAUUUUCCAUGCAGUCCAGCUCAGCCAUCUUCUCCUGAACAUCUGCUGUGUACCAGGCAUUUCAUCACCUGCUUGAAUGCUGGCAGUUAACAGUGUUAAGCGCUUUCCUCUGUGGGAAGGAAGCAUGGGAUAUAAAAACAUAAAACACGCCUUCAGGCUGUUCUCUGUACAAGUUCUGAUUCUGCAGUUUCCUACCAUGAACUUGGGCAACUUUCUUAGCCUCUCUGAGCCUUAGUUUCCUCAUCUGUAAAAUAGAACUAUUAAUGCCUACCUUCAGGGCUGCUGACAGAAUUUGAAAUAAAAUUUGCAAAUUAUCUAGCACAUUGUAGAUGAUCCCAAAAUGGUAGCCACUUACCCCUACACAAAAUUAAGUCUAUGGACCAUGAAAGUCAAUAAUUAAUAUACAACUGUAUUAUGUGUAGGAGACCAGAGAUGUGGUCACUUAUUUCUUGUUCCCAAAUAGGAUUAACUGUGAAGAGUAAUUUAUAAAUGUGAACUUAAGGAAAACUCAAGCUCUGAAGGAAAUAGUUUGGAUUUUGUUUUUAUACUCAAGUUAAUCCUCAAAUGGUUUAAGUUGUCCCCCACCGACUUGGGACAGUGCAGCCCUCCAGACAGAGCACACAUGCCCCCGGUCCACUGGCACCCUGUUCAGGGGCUCUGACGGUGGGCAAUGCUCUGUCUUCACGUGACCUCUGUUCUACUGUAACACUGUCAGGUGUGAGAGAUUUUCUUCAGAUGCAACCUUGCUUUGUAUUUGUUCUCCAUGUUUGAAAUAAAUUGGGGUAAGGGGUUA